UACAUAAUUAGGAGGGUUUAGGAGUUCAUAAGAGUUUAAAAGUAUGAGUAAGUGAACAGCUGGCGAUGAGAGGAGAGAAGCACAUGAGUUUACAGGUGUCUCGAGUCAAAUCUACAAUCUCUGCUUUAGAAUCGAGGCGUCGUUUUCAUGGUUACAGGAGACUAAAAUGAUUAAAGACAAGGUGUUUUCAGUGUUUUCAGUGUUUGGGACUCUGCUGCUCCCCCUGCUGGUUGGCAGUACACCUAUUUCUUGGUCUCCUGGUCCGACAGACUGCUCUGAUGUCUAUGCUAACGGACAAACACUCAGCGGCGUGUACACAAUCUACCCUACAGCAAAUACACCUGUACAGGUGUACUGUGACAUGGGAUGUCUGGGAAGCCUACCAGCAGACGGGAAUUGGACGGUGUUUCAGAGGAGAAUGGAUGGCUCUGUGAAUUUCUACAGACCAUGGGAACACUACAAGGAAGGGUUUGGGAACAAGAAUGGAGAAUACUGGCUGGGAUUAGAAAACAUCUACCAACUCACGCGUAAGAAGAAACACGAGCUGAAGGUGGACCUGCAGGACUUUGAUGGAACAUUGGUUUAUGCUCGGUAUUCUUCUUUCUCUGUAGAAUCUGAGGCUGAGGGCUACAAGCUCCAUCUUAGUGGUUUCAUCAAUGGAGGUGCAGGUGAUUCUAUGGCUACAAACAACAAACAGAAAUUCUCCACCUUUGAUAAAGACCAGGACUCGUAUGCAGAAGGGAACUGUGCUAAAUCCUACCUCGGGGGGUUUUGGUACAGUGAGUGCCACAAUGCUAACCCUAAUGGGAUUUACCUGUGGGGAGAAGACGCCACUCACUUGGCCAUCGGAAAUGUGUGGAAGACCUGGAAAGGCUAUGGCCAUGGUCUCAGAUACAUCACCAUGAAGAUCAGACCUGUAGCAUAAGUUUAUCAUUUUAAAUUUAAAUGUUUAAUAAUUAUAUUUUAAAGGGUUGUAAUAAAGUCUGUAAAGUACACUGCUGUAGUGUUUAGAGUCUGUGUACAUUUCUUCCAGUGUACUGAUAUAAAAAUAAUCAUUCAUGAUUUGUAAAUGAACAGAACAGUACUUUCUAACACCUUUUGAACCUGAAAAAUAAAAUACUUUAAACGAUCAAA